UCACGAAAGUAUUAUUAGUAAAUCUACGAAAAAUCGAGCUUUUGCCAACACCAUAUUCGCCACAAAGAAUUACUUUUUGCUCCGGUAUUUUGAUUGUUGCCAUUAUUGAAAACACCAGGCCCCAAAGUGAGCAAAUGUCAUUCGAGCGAAUCGGAUUUGCUUCAACACCUCACCGAUUCAAAUCAUCGAUUACAGGAAAUUAAAACGUUUUGUCGCUGAACAAGUAUGAACAACGGCACGAUUUGAGGUAAAUUAAACGGAAAAACACAAUUGCGCAAUUAUUCUUUUUAUCUGACAUAACCUUAUUCGAGAUAAUGGGAUUAUGUCAAUUGCCCAAAUCGGAAUCGGGAAAAUUUUCCACAAAUCGCAAAAAUGAAACGUGUCUUGGGUACGUGCAAGCCGAAAAAAUUCUGGAUUGAUGGAACAUGCUUCGAAUUGCGAACAUUUAACAAAAAGGCUAAGAAAUUUGUAGACACACAAACAGUGCACAAUACGAAAUACGUAAUUAAUAAAAACGAUGAAGGGAAAUUGUUUACUAGUUUUGUCCUUCCACCAGUGUAUUACGCGCAACUCAAGAAAUUCCCACAUUGGGACUUGAAAAUUCUCGAAAACACCACAAAAACUAACAUUACGAUUCCUACUAGUGGCAAUUUAAUAAUUACGGGCGAAAGUGAGGAAACUAUAACUGAUGCAAGGGAUGAAAUCCAUUCAAUUCUCGGCGAAAUCAGAGACCACCUUAAAGCCCUCCAGUUUGUUUCAAUACGGACACAAAGCGAUGAAAUUAUCGCGAAUUUUAACAAAUUUAAAGACAAUAUUUUAAAUGGCGAUAAAAUAGAAGGAAUGCAUGAAUCAAUAUUUAUAAGUCCUCUGAAAUUGCAUUUAACUGUGGUAGUGUUCACUUUAUUGGACGAUCACGAAAAAUUAGAAGCGAUUAAAGCGUUACAAGAUUAUAAAACUAUGAUAUUUGAUCCUCUUAUUAAAAAAACAGGUCCCAUCACAAUUAAAAUAUCCGGAAUUGAUUGCAUGACCACUAAUUUGAAAAAAGUGGACGUUCUUUAUGCAAACGCAACCAUUGUCGGAGAAAAUGAAGAAUUCAAUUUACAAAAACUCGUCAAUGACUUGUCUGAUCAUUUUUACGAGAGAGGCCUUGUAAGGACAUAUCAAGACAAUGUCAAAUUACACAUGACCCUAAUUAACACGAAAUAUCGGAAAGAAAGCGGAACCCCAAAGAAAAGAAGAUGGGUGAAAAAACAAAAUUUUGACGCGUCGACAAUAAUAGAAAAAUACAAGGAGUUUUAUUUUGGGGAGUGCGCUUUAGAUUCCAUCCAUUUAUCCUUGAUGAGUACAGUCGGCGAUGAUGGAUUUUAUCAACCCCUUUCUAUUAUUACAUCAAAAUGAAGUUAUAAAAUUUUUGUCAUAACCUCAAAAAAUGGAAUUUGAAAUUGAAACUUGUGAUAUCUGCACAAAUAAUAAUUUUAAUCCUAGUGGUAUAUCUGUUCUAAAUAAAGAUGUGAGAUAUAAAGAAUUUUUUAACAACUU